AUGCGACGUCUCUGGGAAGGCGCGUUUGGUAUCCUCGAAGCUGGAGAUCGAGACUGGCGCCAACGACUUCCGCAGGAUCUUGAUUCCGACAAGGACAAUGAGAGUGGUCGUCGCCAUAUCCUCGCUAUUCUGAAGUCAAAGGUCGUCGGUUCCGACUACGACACAUUCCUUGAGAAUGCGCGCCAUUUCCUUCUGACGCUUACGCAUUCCUCCCUCCUUCGAUGUCUCGCGGUCGACACACACGUUGGAUCUAUCUACAACCUCUUUGGAGGGGUCGGUGGAGGUAGAGCAGUAGAGUAUCUACAGCGGGUUUGCAAAGCUCUAUCGUCAGCCCUAGCAGCCUCUUCGUCAUCCACGAAAGACCACGGAACGACGCUUCUUGCAAUGACGAUGGCUCUAUUUGAGCUGUUGAGGCGUGAGCGUCGAAUGCGGAUCAACGACGCGAUCAUACCGCUGGUGGACUCUAUCCAGGUUGUAAGCGACAUCUACAAGGACUUGGCAUCGCCAGAUAUCUCAACACGGACAACCAAUCGCCUCAAUGAUAUUCGCGCCCUGGUAGCUAGAGUUCAAGGACUCCUUGCUGCCCCCACGGGUGAAGAUGAGAGUGGAGACGACGACGAUAUUGGCGGCAACGUAUCCUUCUACCCAAGAGACCUGAUAGUACCUUCAGGUCGAUUCGACAACGAUAAAAAGGACAUUGGCGACCUGAUAAUCUUCCCGACCCGGGAUGAAAUCAUGAGCGAUGCGAAGGAGUUCCUUCCCUAUACCGAUCCUGACCAGCCACACUUCCUUGAGGAUCCAGUGGAACGCCACAUUGAUACCUACUUCCGCCUACUGCGCCACGAUAUCUUUGGUGAGCUUAAGGGCUCCCUUGCUGGAAUCAUGCACACAGUAUCUCAAGACACCAACGCAAUGUUCCACCCUAAUCUUAAUCUCGGUGAUACGCGCGCCAAUCAGUACGCCAACGCUCGCAUUGGCUACGUCACCUUUGACAAGCGGAAGGGGUUGCAGGCUUCGAUCGGGUUUCUACAGCCGACGGCUGUGCGUAGGAAGUUGCCUGCACAGAAGGAGAAGUGGUGGGAGGAGUCGAGGCGAUUCGACGAAGGAUCGCUUUUGUCCUUCAUAUGGACCCAGAACUCUACCGUUCAACACGUCUUCCUCACUGUCUCGGAUAAGACCACCGAUUCGAAUCGGGAAUUUGGAUUGACACACGAUAACCAGAUGGCCUAUGUCAUGGCAAGCUUGGUGACUCAAGAUAAGGCAACGGUCACGAUGCUCAUGCAAGCCAAUAUCGGAGCGGUUCAUGGCGUCCUACUUGAGUUCCCGAAAGUUAUGCCAGCUACCUUCCUGCCUACUUUGGAGAGUUUACAAGCGAUGCAUCGACUGAGCCGGCUGCCGUUUCGGCAAUGGAUCGUUCCAGAAAAGCACAAAGGUCCUUUAGCUACACGUAGGAUGCAAGAAAUCCCCCCGCCUUUGUACGCGCGGACUCUUGGCUUCAAGUUUCCCGUGGACACUCUCUUGAAGAACAAGAGCGAGGAGCCUUUCUCGAUCGAACCGACUUCAUCAUGCGACGAUACCGACAUUCUCAACAAGCUUGAGCAGAGGACACAACUUGACCGUGGACAGUGUCGCGCACUGAUUGCUGCGUUGACCCGCGAGUUCGCCUUCAUCCAAGGACCACCGGGAACGGGAAAGAGCUAUCUAGGCCUCCAAAUUAUGCGGAUAUUGCUGGACAUCAAAGAAAAGGCUGAUCUUGGGCCUAUACUCAUCGUAUGCUACACGAACCACGCUUUGGAUCAGUUCCUCGAACACCUACUGGACAUCGGGGUCCAAAAGCUCAUUCGCGUCGGAGGCAUGAGUAAGUCCAAAAAGCUUCUCAAUCAUAAUCUUCGUACUGUCGGCGAUUCCGAGACAAAGACAAAGUCCGAGAAUCAUAUGGCGGCGAAGUGCUACCAAGCUCAAGAAGAUAAUGCGAAGGAGGCAGGGCCGAUCUUCGCUGGUCUCCAAGGCUUACGAAAGAAUGCGCACUGGCAUAACCUCAAAGGUCAUAUUCUCGAAGAGUACCCAAUGAUCUACAGUCAGUUCAGUCGUUUCGAUGGUGAAGGCUAUGAGGUGGUUGGUCGUCACCCGUUUGAUAUGUGGAUCGCAGGCUGCAAUACACAGCAUCCGGCGCUGACUCCUGACAUGUCACGACAGCUAAUUGAGAAGGCGACUGCGAGCGUAUUUUCUCUGUCAUUUGACGAGAGAAGCGCGCUGAUUGCAUAUUGGAUUGCUGAAGCUCAAGGCAACAAGGUCGGUGAGCUCUUUCAGGUCGUUGACAGUGCAGCAAAGACUCAACACCAAUUGAAGAACGUACACGAAGAGUGCAAUCGACGGGUCUUAGAGGGAGCGGACGUCAUUGGAGUCACUACAUCCGGCUUAGCAAAGCGCAUAUCGGUUCUUCAGCAGGUGAAAUGUAAAGUUAUCAUUUGCGAGGAAGCUGGAGAGGUCAUGGAGAGCCACAUGAUUUCUGCACUGCUUCCCGACGUUGAGCACCUGAUCCAGAUCGGCGACCACGAGCAACUUCGACCUUCCGUCACCAACUUCCGCGAUCUGUCGCUCGAGAGCGAGCGAGGAAAGCUUCAUGCACUCGAUAGGAGCCAAUUUGAGCGACUCUCAAUCGGUGAGCCCGGGCGGUCUUUAAUGCCUGUUGCUCAGCUGAAUGUACAACGUCGAAUGCGCCCGCAGAUUUCUUCGCUGAUUCGGGAAACCAUCUACGAUAAACUCAAGGACCAUUCAUCAACCAUCGACCUACCUGAUGUGGUCGGCAUGCGCCGCAACGUCUUCUGGCUUGAUCACACCAAUCUCGAAAACGAGAAGGACACGGAUAUGCACAACACCAAAUCGAAGUCCAAUCUAUGGGAAGUCGAGAUGGUGCGUGCUUUGGUCAGGCAUAUCGUUCGGCAGGGCGUCUAUAAAUCAGAUGACAUCGCCGUGUUGACGCCAUAUACCGGCCAACUUCAAAAGCUACGCGCCGCUAUGAGCAGUGAAUACGAGAUCUGUCUCAGUGAUCGCGACCGAGAGGCGCUAGAGAGAGACGGGUUUGUGGUGGAUGGCGAGAUCAUUCCGGAGGCCGCAGUACCCGCUCACGAGAGUUACCAAGGAAAGCCGCUACGGAAGAAACAACUUUCCGAGCUUCUGAGAGUCGCCACAGUCGACAAUUUCCAAGGAGAAGAAGCGAAGAUUGUCAUUGUUUCCCUUGUUCGAAGCAAUGAGAAGCGAAACGUCGGCUUUCUCAAAACCACAAAUCGGAUCAACGUCUUGCUGAGUCGCGCUCAGCAUGGCAUGUAUCUCAUUGGGAAUGCAGAGACGUACUCCAGUGUCGAGAUGUGGCAGAAGGUUAUCGGCAUGCUACGUGCGGCAGAUUCAAUGGGCAUGAGUUUGGCUUUGCGUUGCCCUCGACAUCCCGGUACCGACGCUGAAAUAGAUAUGGAGGAUCAAUUACCAAGCACGCCGCCUGCAGUAAGACUUGCGGUAGAAAGCAUGGAACCUGCAACCACAAUUGCAGUCGCCGAUGUCACUCUGGUACGGAUUGCGGUCUAUGUCAGGAGGCUUGUGAAGUACGUUGCAAGCAUACGCGGUGUCCACAGAGGUGCCAUGAGCCUUGUGCCCCAUGUGUUGAGACGUGCGCAUGGUCCUGCGAGCACCAAGGCGAUUGCAAGAUGCCUCGUUCUCGGCUGCGGUCACUUCUUCACCACCGAGACUCUGGACGGACUCGUCGGCCUCAAAGACGUGUACAGCGUCGACGCGAAGACGGAUGCCUUUACCGGACUGAUCGAGAACGGCGAGCUUUCCGCAUCUAUCCCUCAGUGCCCGCACUGUCGAGAGCCUAUCAGGCAGUACGUCACUCAACGCUACAACCGCCUUAUCAAUCGAGCGGUCAUCGACGAGAUGUCGAAACGUUUCAUCGUGAAUGGUCAGCAGGAUCUACGGGAGCUAGAAGGCCAAGUUGACAAACUUGCAAAAGAACUUGAAGACUCACGAUAUUCGAUUAUUCCGACAGCACCAAUGCAGGCUCGCGGUGAGAUGCCUGUCGAUAUGAUCAUGCAGUUCAUCAACCACGGAAUCGAAGAACGUUCCAAGGAGAACAACAAACUGUUGAAUGAAGUUAAAGCAUUUCGUCGUAGGGUGGAUAUUCGACAUCAGCCAACGUACAAGCUACAUCAGGCAACCCUUCAUAAUGUAGCCAAAGAUGAGUCGCUGGAUGUAGAUUUCGCGAAGUUGGCGAUGGACUCUUCCAUGGAGUCUGCCAAGCGCGAUCGCGAUCAACGUAUUACUCUCGGAGGUAGCCUGCUUGAAAUCAAGGUGCGCUGCCUGCUGCUUGAGGAUAGCUUCGAGAUCAUGCGUGCCGUAGGUCAGAAGCACCUCAUGAGUACGUUGCCUCUUACCUUUCCAAGUGGCCUUCCAAUCGCAAGGACGGAGCCAUUCCUCUUGGACACAAGGAAGCUCAUCGACGACUGCACACAGGAGAGUCUGCCCAAACUUGCGGUUGAGGCUACAUUGUACUUCGCCCGUAUCGCCCAGUCCUUCGGUAGUGCUCAGUCUGGUCAGAGCAACGAUCGCGCAAAAGCUAUGAGCUACCGCAACAUCGCCAAAGGCUUGUUGGCGAAGGCAGACGAGCUGUGUGAGAACUCUUUCCGGGAUCGGGAUACCCUGCGCCAAGCCAUCAUCGCUACAUUGACGAUGCUAAACAAGGAAUUCUACGAGACGAUAUCGAAAGAGGAACUGGAGUCUAUCAAGAAGGCCAUGGUCAGUGGACGUGGCGGUAUCGCGACUCAUUCUGGGCAUUGGUACAAGUGUGUGAACGGCCAUCCAUUCGCUAUUGGAGAAUGCGGUAUGCCCAUGCAGCAAGCGCGCUGUCCGGAAUGCGGUCAGCCCGUUGGUGGCCAGAACCAUACUGCCGUCGCUGGAGUAUCACGCGCCAGGGAGAUGGAGGAUUAA